AUGAACAGAUCAGAGUACGCAUUGCAAAUUAACUGUAAACUUUGGCGACGAAUGGAUCCUUUGAAAUGGAGACCUUCUAUGACACUGUUCCACAAAAUGAGGAAUUCAGCAUUGUUUUCUCAGCGAUCCCUACUGACUUUGAUGGCGUUGACGGGACUAGUAAAUGUUUAUCUGAUGCGACUAUGCUUGAAUUUGUUAAUGCUGAAGAUGAUCAGCGUCAAUAGUCGUAAUCGAGGUAGCGAGCACGACAAGCUUCUAAGAGCGUAUCCAAACUUUUAUCAGCACACGAGAUCAACAAUGAUGGAUGGUACACAGAUAGUUGAGUUUUCUGCGUUCCGCUCGUUCCGCUCAACGACGACAUCAGUCGAAUGGUCCGAAGAAACAGGCAGUCUCAUAAAGUCGGCCUUUUUCAUUGGUUACGCUUUGCUGUACAUACCGGCAGCGUUUCUAGGCCAGAAAUAUGGCGGAAAAACGAUAUUCAAUUUGGGAUUAUUUUUUACAGCUUUGUGCACAUUAGUCACACCAAUCGUUGCACAAUAUGGUGGUGCCGAUGGAUUGAUAACGUUGAGAUUUGUCAUGGGCAUUGUGGAAACGCAUGCGUAUCCCGCGUUGAUAUACCUUUUAUCGUGUUGGAUUCCAAAAAACGAGCGAGGCAGAGUAUCGUCAAUAGUGUUUUGUGGAGGACAAGUACAGUACACAAGGACUUUUUAUUUACAUGGACAAGGACAGUCAGGAACAUUAAUUGGGUCGACCAUAGUCAAUGUUUUGACUGGAUUCGAACGUGAUGGUUGUCAUAUAUCAAUAUUUUACACAUUCGGCAUCCUUGGAAUAUUGUGGAAUAUCGCAUUCUAUUUUUUAGUCUUCAACACUCCAACAACUCAUCCGAGGAUCAGUGUCGAGGAAAAGACAUAUUUACAAAAUGAAAUCGGAGACUUGGUGGAAACGAAAACGUUCUGCCAAAUACCAUGGGUCAGCAUGAUCAUUAGUCCUGCAGUUUUGGUUUUGAUCAUUGCUCAGAUCGCUCACGAUUGGGGAUUUUACAUUUUAGCUUCGGAAUUGCCAAAUUAUUUGAAGAUCGUGCUAAAAUUCAAUAACUCCGACCUGGUCUGGUCCACGUCCAUAGCGUUCAUGGUCGGUUACCUAUUUUCGGUAUUAUGUGGAAUCGUUUGCGAUUUUAUAGUCAGCAAAGAAUUUGUCACACGUACCCGAGCUAGAAAAAUCUUCGGUGUCAAUGGCUCAAUUAUAUCUGCUGGGUUCACAUUGCUGAUUUACCACGUAAAAUGUGAUAGGGUGGCUGCGUUGGCAUGUUACAUAUUGGCUAUGUGUUUUAUGGAUGCAUUUUACACUGGUGCCCAGGCUAAUUUUUUGGACCUAUGUCCGAAUUAUUCAGGAGCUUUGAUGGGAUUAGUGAAUGGAGCAGGAGCUAUUUGUGGAUUUGCUGCUCCCUAUUUGACUCGCCUAUUGACGACAGAUGGAAAAUAUGAGCAAUGGGGAUCGGUAUUUUGGACAUUAUUCGUUCUAGCUUUGAUAUCGUUCCACACUUAUGUCAAAUGGGCAUCAGGUGAAGUUCAACCGUGGAAUGAUGAUAUUGACGAUGCCGAACGUGCCAAACCGAUGAAAGAAGCAAUGCAACGGUUAUUUAAACGAAAAGUUGGAUUCAAAAGAAAUAAUCAACCGAUUGAAUUGUGAGCACCAAAUGUUACAGCGGAUGACGAUAAAAAAAAUCUUA